GGUUCACGCUUCAACCUCUCCAUCAAGUCUGCUUUUCUGAAGAGAACAUGUUGAGCAGGGAUUGCCUUUAACACCCGAACAACUACAAACCUCUCCUGUUCCCACAGCAACCUUCCUGUUCUCCCAUGGAUGAUCUGACCUCUCCCACCUCCUCACAGCUGGGGGAGUGAAGCCCAGCUGCAUCUCUGUUCUUGUUUCCUCCAGGUAAACUGGCCACCAGCGUGGAGGGGUCUGGGAUGGUUUCCGUGGAGGAGCAGAAAGAGCAGCGGAGUUACUUUGUGCGCCUGGGGUCCCUGUCCAGCAGAGUCCGGCUCAGAGCCUACCAGCUCUCCCUCCACAAGCUGCAGUGCAUCAGGCAGAGCACCCAGGACACUCUCUCACGACUACAGAUGGCAAUAAAACUGAUUGAAUCUGUGAAACAGGGAUUUGGCCAGAAGCUGCUGGAAGGGCAGGAGAAGCUCCAUAAGCUCUGGGUGGACUGGUGCCUGACCCAACCCAAAGGAAACCAAGUUCAAACUGCCUGCCAGCCAGAGCAGGUAGAGUCCCGGACUCUAACUAUGCUGAGGAUCAUCACCCAGCAGCUACAGCCUGUCUAUGAGAACCUGAAAACUACCAUCCAAGGCCUCCCCAGCAACGUCCAAGAGGCUGUAUAUCAGGCCACUCGAAAUAUCCACAAGCUCCACAGCUCUUUUUCCAGUGCCAUGUCUUUCCAGGACCUCUCCAGCAUCACCCUGAGGCAGAGCCAGGACCGUGCGACAGAAGCCCGGAGGUCCCUCGAUGUCCUGUUUGAGUAUGUCACCCACAGCAUCCCUCUGAACUGGCUCGUGGGGCCCUUCAGGGCCAUGGCUGAGGUGGCACAGGGCAGCAGAAAGCAGAAGAGGAGAGAGAUGGUGACUGAUGGAAAGUUACCCCUGUUGGAAAAGGCUCCGGCAUCACAGGGCGUGACUGAGACACCCGGAGAGCCCGAGGGAUCCAACAGGAUCCUAGGGCAAUGGUAUGGAGUGCUGGAGAAGCUGGAGGAGAAGGCAGGGAAGUGGGAGGAGAAGGCAGAGAAGCUGGAGACCCUGGAAGAGCUGCCCCUGUCCCGGUUCCCCGGUCCCGCCCCGCUCCGCCCCGUUCGUGCCCAUCGCCCCGCGCCGCUUCCGCCUGCCCCGGGCACCGCGACUGGCCGCAGGUAG